AUGUCAAACAUGAAUCAAGGAGGUGGUGUUCUUCGCGACUCCUAUGGGUCAUAUACAUCAUCGCCUCCAUUGCCCCCAGUUCCCCCAUUUCCAUGUGUUCUCGAUAGUUUAUGCACUGUUGACAAUCGUAUAUGCCACCGACAUAAAUCUGUGUUAUUUGUAAAAAACAAUGCAACUGGUGAAACGUUCGAAAUUCCCUUUGGUAACUGGGAAAAUUGGUUAUGGUAUAAACAGCGUAUUAGUGAUCGUACAGGAAUUCCAGUGGACGAAAUUCGACUAGUAUAUGCUGGAGCCCAAAGAGACGAUUUAACCAGACAUAGUGGAUUGCAAAUUCAAAGCACUAUACAUAUGCUUCAACGUAGACCUGUGCACCAUGCCGCUGAUCACGACACAGCUGCCUCUGAUAAAAAGACUUAA